GUAGUUGUCGUGGUGGUGGUCGUGGUGGCUGCUGCUGAAAGCUGUGAGCAAGAGAGGGUCACAGACUGACCUUGCCAGACUAAGCCGCUGUUGUUCGGCACAGCUGAGCUCUCUGUGCAGUCCGCGGUGUCCCCGUGGCCACCAACAACAGAUCGAUGAUUGUUUAGCGCUGCUUCUCGCUAUUCUCGUCUACCCAGGAAAGUCUCGCGACUAUUUUACCACGAGGUUCUCGCAGUCGGAGGUGGAAGAGGGAGGUGAGGUGGGUGGUGGGAGCUUACCGCUGCGUCUGUCAUCCCGAUCGAGUCGUUUUUCCGCGUUAACCAACUCUUCCAAUUGUUGUUGCCCGACUGUGGUGAGCCAAGAGUCCCCCGGUCUACACACAAAGCGACUUUUUUUACUCCCUAGGAUCUUUAAUGCCCCAACAACUGUGAGCGCGGCAGUCCCGGUUAAUACACACAAAGAUAUACAUAUCCCCCCCUCUUCCCCCUCCACGUAUCGCCUUAACAGACUGUUGGGGCCAAGUGUUGUUAGCGAGUAGCGCCGAUUAAACGGGGCGGCUGGCAUUUCGAACCGCGAUCCUCUGCGUCGACGAUCCGUGGGGCGGAAAGGCGACAAACUAAACAGACAAUAACGCGAUUUCUUUUUUUAAGAAAUACAUUUUCAAUCAAUGCGGCAUGCGUGCAGCUGUUUGUAUCCUAGAGGUUGAUUUCGCCACAUCAUCAUCAUCACAAUGAAGAGCUGAGUCCCCGCGCUCCGCCGUCCCCCCCCCCCCACCUGCCCCGUGCAAGGCGUGUGUGCGGAACGUCGCUCACCCAAGGCUGACGUCGAGAGCCCGCCCUGCACGGCUUCUUUCCACUGCGGGGCGACGUGGGUGACCGAAGCGAUACGUGCGAGAUGCACCACGCGUGCACAGGCGAUGCACACAGAGAGGCUUCUUCCCAUGCGUACACUACCACCGGUAAGGACGACCCCGUUAGAGCCGUUGCACAGAAAUAAAGUUAAUACAUUUUUUUGUUUAAAUAAAUACAUAUUUUUUAUUCACUUUUUAAAAGUUUUUUUUUUCUCUCUCUCUCUAUCUACGCGACUUUACCGAAAGAACCAAAGAAUAUGAAUUCCUGCAGUCACGAAAGUUUUAAGUCGAAAUUUAAUUGAACCCAACUUUAACAGUGCCCGUGGUCACACACACACACACACGCGCGCGCGCGCACACUCUCAUGGGCUACAGUGCACGACUAUUCUAUGCCGAUAUGGUCACGGGAUCUUUCGCGCGCACUCCGAAGCAGACGCCGCGUCGCCCUAUGCGGCCUAUGCACACCGCAGUACUGCACCAGGGCGGACGCCUGAGUCGAAACCGUCGCACCUCUGCAACAGCGAGCGGCGAAGCGCUGUGCCAUGUCGCCAACUCUCUUCUCGUGAUGUGCGUACAUUGCGUAGGUUGAACUUCUUUCGCACCGUACGCAGUAGCCGUGCUAAUCAGAGGUGCGCCACUCAUCCCGGCUCAACGUUCAAGACUGCCCCUCUUCUCAACUCGGCGCCACCAACUGCGGUGCCUGAACGUGGCACUUUGAUCCGCGGGGUCCUCCUACUCCCGUGCACAAGCAGUCUGGAUAAAACAACGCAAACUUGAAACUAAUGUUCAGUCCGGCGAACUCCGGAUCCUCCUUGGAGGACCCGCUUCUGAGCUGAGUGGCCGUCUGACAAUUCCAGGAAACUCGGCGUCAGCUUGAAGACCCUUAGCUCAGCGUCACGAACUAACGCGCUCACUCUUGGCCCAGGGAACGUUUUCAUCUGAGCGCAAGGGAUGACAUCUUAGGCCGGGCUCCAGAUAGCUGGCGACGUCGUAGACGACGGAAAUCGGCACUUGGCCCACGAGCCAAGCCCCUAGCUUCGGCCUCGCAAUUGGCCCCGAACUUUCCUUGCGUUUUCCUCCCGUGGGACUCAGACUUUAGCCCGGGGGGGGGGGGGGGGGGCAGGGAACCCAACGCGAGACAUCCGCGGACUCACCGUGCCCCCCACGUGUGUCUCAUCGCGAGGGUCCGGACUCGGUUCCCAUGAGCUGGUCACACCGCCUGGCACGGCACAGCUGAUCAUCCCGCUUCAUCUUCGUUGUCGUCGUCAUCGUCGACGCCUUCGUCUCUGCGUGGAGGAGGUGGGGUUGUUGGGGCCUCGGGGCCAAUGGGCUGUGGGACCAGCGUGGAGGUGUCCUCCCUGCUGUGCCGACUGCUGCCCAGGAGCUGCGUGGAGACGCCGGGACCCGAGCUGCCCAUCACGGCCCUCGUGGAGGCGAUGGAGAUCUCCGUGAGACCGUGGAUGCCCGUGCCGCAGAUCCUUCUCUCGCCGGCCCAGCAGGUGGAGCUGGUGGACUAUGAGGGCGUGGUGGAGAGGGCGGUGGGCGCUCUGGACGACUCCGCCGAGGGAGAGGAGCUGCGGCAUCUCAUGCUCUUCCCGGAGGACGACGUCACGCUCGCGACGGAGCCCCGGGAGCGGAGGACGCUGCGCUCCGCCGUCCCGGAGUUGGACGGCGCCGACGCCACCAGCCUCCUCGUGCGCGAGUGCAUCAAGACCUACAACUCGGACUGGCACGUCAUCAAGUACAAGUACGAGCCCUACUCGGGGGACGUGCAUCGUCUGCCCAGAAAGGACCUGCAGACGGACCGGCUCGUGAGUCAUCAGUUCGAGAUCGAUGAGCUCACAGAGAACGACGAGGAUUCCGUGUCCUUGGCCUCGCUGAGAAGUGGCGUCACCAAGCAGGGCUGGCUCUACAAAGGCAACUUCACGAGUACGAGCAGUGUCACCAUGAAGACGUUCAAGCGGAGGUUCUUCCACCUGAGCCAGCAGCCGGACGGGUCGUACGCUCUCAACUUCUACAAGGACGACAAGAGCCUGGCCGAGGCCAAAGGCUCCAUCUUCCUGGACGCGUGCCUGGGCGUCGUGCCGAACGCGAGGCUGCGGCGCCACGCGUUCGAGCUGAAGAUGAUGGACCGCAGCAGCGUGGUGUUGGCGGCGGACAGCGACGCCGAGGUGGACGAGUGGAGGGCUCUGCUCCACAAGGUACUGCAGGGCCAGUUCGAGGCGGCCAUGCAGGACAACAAGGCCCAGGAGGCGGACAGGAGGAGCCGAGAUGACAGCGAUUGCCCUGAUGCAGCGGAGUCGUGUGAGAGCUCCGAUAUUCAGCUGCAGCUCGUCACGGAUGCCAAGACGCACGAGGAGACGACGAGGGUGAGCAGGAAGGAGGGCCGACUGAACGUCUUCGUGCUCACCCCCGAGAUGCAGAGGAUGAGCCCCAUGGUGGGCGAGGCGGAGCGGGAGGCGAGGCCGCCGCGGGAGAAGAGAGCGUCGCAGCUCCUCGUCUCCUGCCUGGGCUUCAACCUCGCCGUGCAGGCCUGCUUCUCCGACAGCGGAGGCGUCAAGAGCAACGUGGAGCCGUUCUUCAUCACGCUGGCCCUGUACGACCUUCGCACGGCGAGGAAGAUCUCGGCCGACUUCCACGCCGACCUCAACCCCCCGUCCAUGCGGGAGCUGCUGGGCGGCGGCGCUUCGCCCGAGGUGCAGGCCAACGGCGACGUGCCGACGGGCGCCGGCGGCCAGGCCCAGCGGCCCGGGGAGCCUGCCCCGCCUAGCCUGCCCACCGAGGCGCUGCUGUACCCCACUCAGGCCGUGUUCACGGUGUGCGACCCGCACCCGGACGUGCUGCUGCUCGUGCGCGUGGAGAAGGUGCUGCAGGGCAGCGUGGCGCAGUGCACCGAGCCGUACCUCCGCGCCGACGACACGGGCAAGGUUGCACAGAAGUUGGUGAAGCAAAUGCGGCAGUACUGUGGCCGUAUGGGCCAGUAUCACAUGCCAUUCUGCUGGGCGUUCAGGCCUCUCUUCCGCGACGUCAACGGGGCGCUGGACAAGGGCGCCUCCUUCUCCCCGCUCUUCCGCCAGGAUGGGGGCAGGACGUCGAGCGAGGACUGGCUCCGCGCGCUCGUCGACGUGCACAAGUCAGAAAAAAUGUCAAAACUUCAAACGAUUCCAGGCAGCAUCAAAAUUACUGUGGAGAGUCUGCCGGCAGAACAGCCCAACAUGCUGACACCGGGGCUGUCGCCCGUCACGGCCGGGUGGCGUCUGUCGGAGACCGCCAACAACGGCGGCAGCAGAGGCGGCGUCGGGAAGCGGCCGUGCGUGCGGGAGGUGGACGACUUCCCGGCGGAGACAGCGCGGCACGCUCACCCGUACUCGGAGUACGCCAACCGCCUCUACGUGUACCCGCAGCGACUCAAGUACGACGCGCAGAAGAUAUUCCCCAAGGCGAGGAACAUCGCCAUUCACGUGGAGUUCCGGGACUCGGACGAAGAAGGAACACUGCCGCUCAAGUGCAUCUACGGCAAGGCAGGGCAGCCGGCGUUCAUCAGCAGCGCCAACACGGCCGUCUUGCACCACCAGCAGUGCCCGGACUUCUGUGACGAGGUGAAGGUUGAGCUCCCGGUUCACCUGCACGGCAAGCAUCACCUGCUGUUCACCUUCUCGCACAUCAGCUGCGACCUGGGCAAGCGUAGGGACACGGCCGAGGCCGAGGUGGGCUAUGCGUGGCUGCCGUUGCUGCGCGAGGGCCGCGUGCGGACCGGCGUCUCCCAGCUCGCCGUGAGCGCCACGCUGCCCGCCGAGUACCUCUCCUGCCAGAACAUCGGCCUCGGCAAGUUUGUGGGCCCGGAGGUGAAGUGGGUGGAGGGAGGGAAGAGGCUCCUCACUGUGAGCACGCACCUCGUUUCCAGCAUCUACACCAAGGAUCAAUAUCUUCACAACUUCAUGCAGCAGUGCGAGUUCACCAAGUACGGCACGCUCACCGCGCCCAGAGACCUGCUCAACUCCAUAAAGAGCCUCAACGCCAUCGAAGGCCAUGCCAUGAUCAGCUUCAUGCCCACGUUGCUCACACAGCUCUUCCGCUUGCUCACGCUCACCGCCCAGGAGGAGAUUCUGCUCACCACCACCAGCUUCCUGGUGCACUUUGUGGACCGGUGCCACGAGGAGGAGCAGGACCACCACCUGCACUCGUACACUCGGUACGUGUUCAAGGCGGAGCCGUGGCGCGAAGAGAGCGGCCGCACGGUGCACGAGGAGCUCGUGAGGACCAUGGAGCUGCUCCUCGGGUCCUCCGUGGACCAGCAGCUCAACAGCAAGCUGCUGAAGCACCUGUGGUUUUUCUUCGGGAUCAUCAGCAAGUCCAUGGCUCAGCACGUCAUUGAGAACCAGCGGCUGCCGCUGAAGCGGAGCGAACGCUUCCCGGCCUCGUUCCACCGCAACCUCGACUCGAUGGUGACGCAACUGAGCAAGCACGUGCCGAGGAUUCACCGGGACACGGGCGAGGAUGCUCGCAGCGCCAACACCAGCCUUGCCACCUUCCUGAUGCGCUGCUUCACUCUCAUGGACCGGGGAUUCGUCUUCCGUCUCAUCAACUCCUACAUCACGAGCUUCCCCAUCAUGGACUCCAAGAGAACGUUCGACUUCCGCAUCGAGUUCCUGCAAAUCGUGUGCAAUUACGAGCACUACGUUGCGCUCAACCUGCCCGUGCACGCGGAGCCUGGCCCAGCGCAGCGCCCACAAGCGCCGGCUCCGUGGGAGUUCCGCGCGGACGACGACUUCUGCCGGCGCCGCGUGCUGGCCGGGAUGCUGCUGCGUGAGGCGGCGGUGGCGGCGGGGGAGACGCUGGGGGGAGAGUCGCGGCGAGCGGCGCUCGGAGUGGUGCGCUCGCUGCUCGCCAAGCACUCGCUAGACGACCGCUACGUGCAGCCCGCCCAGCAAGCCCGUGUGGCGAUGCUGUACCUGCCGAUCCUCUCCAUCCUGCACGACAACUACACCCGCAUGUGCUUCCAGGCGGUGGUCACCUCCGACAGCAACCCCAUCCCACAGCCGGUACCAGCAGCAGCAGCAGCAUCGCCACGAUUCCUAGAGAGCCCCAGGGAAGACGUUCUGAAUCACGCGCUGCCCAAGAGCGCUUCCAACACCCUGGAGGUGGCAGCCUUCACCUUCCCCUCCACACUGAGCGUGGGAGCCAAGAGGGGAGAUUCUCGCCUCUCGGUCGCGAGCUCCGACUCCAACUCGAGCCUCCACGAACGCAGGAACACCAUGGACCAGGCGGCGACACUCGUGCUGCGGCCGGACGUGCUGCAUGUGGUGGACGUGCAGACGCUGCUGCAGUGCUUCCUGCACGUGGUGAAGCACGCCCCCCAAGAUGCCCUGCUCAACUACUGGAGGAAGACCUCCAGCAAUGAAAUUUUGGACUUCUUCGGGAUUCUAGAGUUGUGUCUGCACCAGUUUAAAUACCUGGGCAAGCGCCACUACUGCAGCAGUGCAGGGGAUGCCGCGCCGGCAUCUGUGUGCGCCCCCGUGCCGGGCGCGCAGGUGAAGCGCUCUCAGACACUGCCCGCGCGUCGCCCCCCACACACGCUGCUGCAGCUGAGACAGCACGGGGGGCUGCUGGGCAGCAGCGUGGGCUCGGAGGUCGAGGCCCAGCAGCAGUGCUUGCUGGCCGCCAACCUCUCGACGGAGGUUUGCCUCACCGUGCUCGACACCAUGGAGCUCUACACCCACAACUACAAGGAGCGGCUGCUGGCGGGCGGUGGCGACGGCGUGCUGAUGCAGCGCUCGUUCGGGGUCUACGUGACGGCGCUGCGCUCUGGGCAGUCGGCCGUCGCUCUCGGGCACGUCUUCGCUUCUCUGCACACUUUCCUCAACAAGUUCAAGGUGGCAUUCCUGCGAGGACGCAGCGAGCUGUGCGGCACGCUGUGCCUGGAGGCGCUGCGUUGCUGCGGAUCGCGCCUGGGCUGGGCGCAGGCGUGCCUGCUGCUGCACCUCCUCAUGCGCCUCAACUUCGAGAUGUCGGGGCGCGUCGCGUUCUCACGCACACACACGCAGGUGAUCGUGGCCGUGAGCCGCCUGAUGAGCGAGGCCGGGGACCUGGGCGGCCCCCGCUUCCAGCGAGCCCUCUCCACCCUCAACGCCUACGCGGCGAGCGACGCCACCGUUAGGGGCAGCGCGUUUGCGGGGCAGGUGAAGGAGCUGACGAAGCGCGUGCGGGCCGUCCUCACGGCCACGCUGCAGAUGAAGGAGCACGAGCGUGACUCCGAGAUGAUGGUCGACCUGCAGCACAGCCUCGCCACCUCCUACGCGGGCAUGGCCGAGCUGCGCAAGGCCUGGCUCGAGAGCAUGGCGCGCAUGCACGAGCGCAACGGAGACCUCUCCGAGGCUGCCAUGUGCCACAUCCACAUCGCGGCACUCAUGGCGAAAUAUCUGAAGAGGAGAGGUGUGUGCGACGCCGAGGGGCGAGUGGAGAGACCGCCGGAGCCCGACGCAAACCCCGGCGAAAGCAGCAGCAACAGCACGCUGCACGACACCCAGAGCGUGCUGAUGCAGGGCGUCGCGGCGUUCGAGAGCAUCACGCCCAACGUGACGGACGAGGAGACGGCCGAGGACGAUGAGUGCGGCACCCAGGACGUGCACUUCAGCGAGGACAUGCUGGUGGAGCAGCUGGAGACGUGCGCCCACAUGCUGGAGCGCGCCGAGCGCUUCGAGCUCAUGGCCGACAUCUACAAGAUGAUCAUCCCCAUCUACGAGCACCGCCGCGACUUCCAGAAACUGAGCGAUCUCUACAUGGCCCUGCACAAGGCCUACGACCAGAUCCUGGACGCCACGCGGACGUGCCGCCGAUUGCUGGGCACCUUUUUCCGCGUGGCCUUCUUCGGGCAGAGCUACUUCGAGGAGGACGAGUGGAAGGAGUACAUCUACAAGGAGCCCAAGCUCACAGGCCUCUCCGAGAUCUCCCAGCGCCUGCAGCUGCUCUACGCCGACAAGUUCGGCUCGCAGAACGUGCGCAUCAUCCAGGACUCGAACCCGGUGGACGUGUCGGAGCUGGACCCGCGCCUCGCCUACAUCCAGAUCACGUACGUGCAGCCCUUCUUCAGCGGCGCCGAGCAAGCCGCGCGGCGCACCGACUUUGAGCGCGGUCACAACGUGCGGCGCUUCGUGUUCGAGACGCCCUACACCGCGUCGGGGAGGAAACACGGCGACGUCACGGAACAGUGCAAGCGCCGGACUGUGCUCACCACGUCGCACACGUUCCCGCACGUGCGCAAGCGCGUGCCCGUGGUGGCACGCCUGCACGAGGAGCUGGGGCCCGUGCAGGUGGCGGUGGACAGCAUGCGCAGCAAGGUGGAGGAGCUGAGCACCCUCUGCUCCGAGUCGCCUGCCAACAUGAUCCAGCUGCAGCUCAAGCUGCAGGGCAGCGUCAGCACGCAGGUGAACGCGGGACCCCUCGCUUACGCCAGAGCCUUCCUGGAUGAGAACAACUGCGCAAAGUACCCGGAGGAGAGCGUCGAGGAGCUCAGAGACCUCUUCAGGCAGUUCGUGGUGGUAUGCGGCUCCGCGCUGGAGCUCAACGAGACGCUCAUCAAGGAGGACCAGCAGGAGUACCACGAGGAGCUGAAGCUCAAGUACGGCGAGAUGGUGCAGGAGCUAUCGAGCAUCCUGCGCGAGAUGGUUAUGCCACAGUGGAGGUCCCUGCGUAACAGCGCCGUCAGGGGCUCCGUGCACAUGUACUUCAACGCGGUGAGCCAGCCAGCCAGCCUGCGCGGGGUCACGGGGUCAUCGUCCAGCGCGUGAGGCCGGGGGCACCGUCCCCGCCGGCUUUUCCUGCAGCGCCGGCAGCAGCAGCAGCAGCAGCGACACCGGGAGCGCCACCACUCCCGCCGCCGCGACCGCGCCAGGAGCACCUGCACCAAGACCAUCAUCACCACCACCACCACCACCUGCUAACAGCAUCAGCAACAGCGCUAGCAGCAAUGGCACCAACACAAAUGCCACUGACCGUCACCACUACCACCUCCGCCCCACAACCGCGCUGCACGUGUCACUACCCGGUCGCUGUCGCCACUUACGACCAUCGCUAACCACAGCCAUCACACUACCGCUGUUAUCACUGCCAACAACGACCGCCCCUACAACCACCAACUAUCACCACUACCACCAACUACUCCACUGUCACCACCACCACCACCACCGCCGCCAAUCACAAUACAACCAACAAGCUCAUUGCCCACAACCAGUGGCAAUGAACCCCGGCGAUAAUGAAUGAAGAUGCCUCCGAACACAUCUGUAUCCGAGGCCAGAGGCGGUAUUCGCCUGCUGCAUUUGCGGCCUGCUGCACCGAGGGCAGCGUUCCUCCGCGUUCCGCUGGGCCCUCGGUCGGUAACCUCCUGGCGCGUUUGUGAACCUGCAGCGUGGGUGAGGGUUAAGGAGUCUGUGGCAGUGUGGGUGAGGGUUAAGGAGUCUGUGGCAGUGUGAGUGAGGGUUAAGGAGUCUGUGGCAGUGUGAGUGAGGGUUAAGGAGUCUGUGGCAGCGUGAGCGAAGGUUAAGGAGUCUGUGGCAGUGUGAGUGAGGGUUAAGGAGUCUGUGGCAGUGUGAGUGAGGGUUAAGGAGUCUGUGGCAGUGUGAGUGAAGGUUAAGGAGUCUGUGGCAGUGUGAGUGAGGGUUAAGGAGUCUGUGGCAGUGUGGGUGAGGGUUAAGGAGUCUGUGGCAGUGUGAGUGAAGGUUAAGGAGUCUGUGGCAGUGUGAGUGAGGGUUAAGGAGUCUGUGGCAGUGUGGGUGAAGGUUAAGGAGUCUGUGGCAGUGUGAGUGAAGGUUAAGGAGUCUGUGGCAGUGUGAGUGAGGGUUAAGGCGUCUGUGGCAGUGUGGGUGAGGGUUAAGGAGUCUGUGGCAGUGUGAGUGAGGGUUAAGGAGUCUGUGGCAGUGUGAGUGAGGGUUAAGGAGUCUGUGGCAGUGUGAGUGAGGGUUAAGGAGUCUGUGGCAGUGUGAGUGAGGGUUAAGGAGUCUGUGGCAGUGUGAGUGAGGGUUAAGGAGUCUGUGGCAGUGUGAGUAAAAAUUAAGGAGUCUGUGGCAGUGUGAGUGAGGGUUAAGGAGUCUGUGGCAGUGUGGGUGAGGGUUAAGGAGUCUGUGGCAGUGUGA